AUGGCAUCUCUAUCCUCCCAACCAUCUAAGAAGGCCAUACGUAGCCCAGUGGGGACCGGCAAUAACGGCUCCCAGCAGGGAAGUCGGGGUUCCACCGGCCAAACUGUCAAAUUCGCUAGACGAACUUCAAGCGGUCGCUAUGUCAGUCUAUCAAGAGAAGACAUUGAUAUUUCUGGAGAACUAUCCGGGGAUUACAUGAACUAUACCGUCCAGAUUCCUCCCACACCCGACAAUCAGCCAAUGGACACGUCCGUGGCGGUCAAGGCCGAAGAGCAAUACGUUUCCAAUUCUCUUUUUACAGGCGGGUUCAACAGCGUUACGCGCGCUCAUCUCAUGGACAAGGUGAUAGAAUCGGAGGUGUCUCAUCCUCAGAUGGCUGGAGCCAAGGGCUCUUCGUGCGCAAUGCCUGCUUGUGAUGGCAAGGUCAUGAAGGACGAGAGAGGAAAUGAUGUCAUACCUUGUGAAUGCAGGUUCAAAAUUUGCAGGGAUUGCUACAUGGACGCCCAAAAAGAAACUGGUUUAUGUCCAGGGUGCAAGGAGCCAUACAAGGUGGGUGAUUACGAUGAUGAAAUACCCAAUUUUUCUAGUGGAGCACUGCCAUUGCCACCUCCAAGUAAAGCCGGUGAUCACAAUAGCAUGACAAUGACGAAGAGAAACCAAAGUGGAGAUUUUGAUCACAACAGGUGGUUGUUUGAGACACAAGGUACUUACGGCUAUGGGAAUGCCUUUUGGCCCCAGGAUGACAUGUAUGGUGAUGAUGGCGAUGAAGGGUUCCCGGGCGGCGUCUUAGAAAAUAUGGAUAAGCCUUGGAAGCCUCUCAGUCGCGAACAGCCAGUCUCCAACGCCAUUAUUAGCCCUUACAGGUUGCUGAUUUUGGUUCGAUUGGUGGUGCUGGGUUUCUUCUUGCAUUGGAGAAUCGGGAAUCCAAAUGAAGAUGCAAGAUGGCUGUGGGGCAUGUCAGUGGUUUGUGAAGUAUGGUUUGCUUUCUCAUGGAUCCUGGAUAUGAUUCCCAAACUUUGUCCUAUCAACCGGUCCACCGAUCUUGAGGUCCUCCGUGAUAAGUUUGACAUGCCAUCGCCUUCCAAUCCCACUGGCCGAUCUGAUCUCCCUGGCGUCGACCUCUUUGUGUCCACUGCUGAUCCUGAUAAAGAGCCACCACUUGUCACAGCCAACACUAUCCUUUCCAUUCUCUCUGUGGAUUAUCCUGUAGAGAAGUUGGCAUGCUAUGUCUCUGAUGAUGGAGGUGCGCUCCUCACUUUCGAGGCAAUGGCCGAGGCUGCAAGCUUUGCCGAUUUGUGGGUGCCUUUCUGUCGAAAACAUAAUAUUGAGCCAAGGAACCCUGAUACCUACUUCAGCCUAAAAGUUGAUCCGACUAAGAACAAGAGCAGGCUUGAUUUUGUGAAGGAUAGAAGGAAGAUGAAAAGGGAGUAUGAUGAAUUCAAGGUGAGGAUCAAUGGGCUUCCAGAUUCCAUUAGGAGGAGAUCGGAUGCCUUCAAUGCAAGGGAGGAAAUGAAGAUAUUGAAGCACAUGAGGGAGAGUGGAGCUGAUCCUUCGGAGAAAAUAAAGGUCCCGAAAGCUACAUGGAUGGCUGAUGGCACCCAUUGGCCCGGAACUUGGGCCUCCCCGGCUGCUGAGCAUGCCAAAAGUGACCACGCUGGAAUUCUUCAGGUGAUGUUGAAGCCUCCUAGCCAUGAACCACUAAUGGGAGGUGCGGAUGAUAAGAUUAUAGACUUUACAGAUGUGGACAUACGUCUACCUAUGUUUGUAUAUGUCUCGCGAGAAAAGAGACCAGGUUAUGACCAUAACAAGAAAGCUGGUGCCAUGAAUGCUCUUGUAAGAGCAUCUGCCGUUCUUUCCAAUGGCCCGUUCAUUCUCAACUUGGAUUGUGAUCACUACAUCUACAACUGCAAAGCUGUCAGGGAAGGAAUGUGCUUCAUGAUGGACAGAGGUGGCGAAAAUAUCUGCUAUAUACAGUUCCCUCAGAGAUUUGAAGGCAUCGAUCCUUCUGAUAGAUAUGCUAAUCGCAAUACCGUGUUUUUUGAUGGAAACAUGCGUGCCCUUGAUGGAGUUCAGGGCCCGGUUUAUGUUGGAACGGGUUGCAUGUUUAGAAGAUUUGCAUUAUACGGAUUUGAUCCACCGAAUACAAACAAGAUGGAGCAAAAGAAAGAAUCAGAGACGGAUCCCUUAACACCUUCCGACUUCGAUCCUGAUCUUGAUUUCAAUCUGCUACCUAAGCGGUUUGGGAAUUCUACAAUGCUGGCUGAAUCUAUUCCUGUUGCCGAGUACCAAGGCCGCCCACUAGCUGAUCAUCCUGCUGUCAAGUAUGGCCGUUCUCCUGGUGCGUUGAGGGUCCCUCGUGAACCGCUUGAUGCCACUACAGUUGCUGAAGCCGUGUCUGUCAUUUCUUGCUGGUAUGAGGACAAGACUGAAUGGGGAGACCGAGUGGGUUGGAUUUAUGGUUCAGUCACGGAAGAUGUUGUGACAGGCUAUAGAAUGCACAACCGUGGCUGGCGCUCUGUCUACUGCAUAACCAAGCGCGAUGCGUUUCGGGGCUCAGCUCCAAUUAACCUUACUGACCGUCUCCACCAGGUGCUUCGUUGGGCAACUGGCUCUGUUGAGAUUUUCUUCUCUAGAAACAAUGCCUUUUUGGGCAGUAGGCGUCUCAAACUCCUCCAACGCUUUGCUUAUCUUAAUGUUGGCAUUUACCCAUUCACCUCGAUUUUCUUGAUCGUCUAUUGCUUCCUACCUGCACUCUCACUUUUUUCGGGAUACUUCAUUGUCCAAACUCUGGACGUCACAUUUUUAGUCUACUUGCUACUCAUAACAAUUUGCCUCAUCCUUCUGGCUAUUCUGGAGGUGAAAUGGUCUGGUAUAGAGUUGGAAGAGUGGUGGAGGAACGAACAGUUCUGGCUCAUCUCUGGAACCAGUGCCCACUUUGCUGCAGUUAUGCAAGGUCUUCUCAAGGUGAUUGCAGGAAUUGAGAUAUCUUUCACAUUGACUUCCAAGUCUGCAGGAGAGGACGUUGAUGAUAUCUACGCAGACUUGUAUCUAGUAAAGUGGACAUCAUUGAUGAUUCCACCCAUUGUGAUUGCCAUGACAAACAUAAUUGCCAUGGCCUUUGCUUUUAUAAGGACGAUUUAUAGCACAGUUCCGCAGUGGAGCAAGUUUGUUGGUGGAGCUUUCUUUAGCUUCUGGGUGUUGGCUCAUUUGUACCCUUUUGCCAAGGGCUUGAUGGGGAGGAGGGGAAGACCCCAACCAUUGUGUUUGUUUGGUCUGGUCUUAUUGCCAUAA